CCUGUUUUACAAUCUGUAACGACGUAAAUCUUGCUUUGAUGUUUUUUGUCACUCAUGUUACUUGUACUCAGGUACUUUUUUUCACAUUAUUUUGAUUCUUUUCGUCAUUUUUUUUUAUUUUACAUUGACUUACAUAGAAAAUUGACUGCGCUGUCAUUAGACAUGCCAACUACAGUCAAUUUCGCGAACUUUAUAAAAAGAAGGACUGAAAUUUGACCAUUGCCGAUUCGCCUCCUUCUCUCUAGUCUUCAUAGUCACAAGCCUUUGCCACAUCUCUAGCCACAGAAUACCAUAGCUGUACCUUUGCUUCUGUAUGUGUAUAUUCUGUGGAGUGACUAUAAGACAGUUUGACAGCAUGAUAUUUGUUGACAGUUCCCGCACCAUUUUUUUUAUUUGAUUAAAAUUCUAUAAUUAUUUUGUAUAUUGCGGCACUGGAUAAUGCCAGAAGGUAACUAUGGCGGCGCUUCAGGUUACGGAGAAGACCCAGAAGUUAAAGGCUUCGAUUUCAACGAUCAAUCCAUCAGAAGAGGUUUCAUUAAGAAGGUCUAUUCAAUUUUAUCGGUACAGCUCGGAAUAACUCUAACGUUUAUUUGCUGGUUUCUUUAUCACGAGCCGACCAAGUAUUAUGUCCAACAUCACAUUGCUUUGUUCUAUGCUUCACUGGUAGUUGUAUUCGUGACUCUUAUAGCUUUAGCAUGUUGCGGGGAAUUACGUAGGAAAGCACCAGCCAAUUUCAUCUUUUUGUUCAUAUUUACUUUAGCCGAAAGUUUCUGUUUGGCAUGCUCGGCUUCUACUUACAAGGCUGACGCCGUGGCUAUGGCCGUGGGAAUUACAGCAGCUGUUUGCUUGGGACUGACCCUGUUUGCUUUUCAAACGAAAUGGGAUUUCACCAUGAUGGGAGGGAUAUUAUUCGUAGCGGUGUUGAUAUUGUUUCUGUUUGGAAUCGUUGCUAUUUUUGUCCACAAUAAGAUUGUGCAAUUGGUGUAUGCUUCCUUAGGAGCACUGAUAUUCUCGGUUUACCUUGUGUAUGACACCCAACUGAUGAUGGGAGGAAAGCAUACGUAUUCUAUUUCGCCUGAAGAGUAUAUUUUUGCCGCUAUCAACUUGUACGUGGAUGUUAUUAAUAUUUUCAUGUAUAUUUUGGCUAUAAUAGGAAGAGUAAGAGAUUAAAAAUAUAUUGUUUGUUUUAUUUUGUUGGUUAUUUGUUAAUGCUAGUCACUUUAUAUUUAAACGAAUACAGUACCGGUGAAAAAACAGAUUUUUCUUAAAAAACGAACAAGUUAUUCUUUUAAAUUUGACUGAAAGGUUUGUGUAAAUAUUAAUCUAGUUUUAUCACUGGUCUGUAAAUUUUAUACUUUUUUAUCUUAGAUGAAUCAUUGUUGUUUUAAUGGCUCUAAACGAUAAUAAAAAUUUAAUAAGCUUAAAUUGUUUGAAAAUAGGGUAAAAGUGCAUCUUCUAAAAGCCGUUUUAAGAACUUAUUGAAUCUUGUAAAAAUUAACUUUUGCAGUUUUGCUAAAGAUAAAUAAACGUGUGCAUCUAGUUCCUACAUAAGUCUGAGUAAACAACAAGGAUUUAUCUAUAGUUCAGAAUUAUUAAGAAUUAAAAUUAAAUUCAUAAUAAAAUUUACCUGGAUAAUAUAAACAUUUUAGUUUUAUAGUAAAGUGAUUGGCUUAAGAAUCGAGUAAAUUUUUUACAUUUAUAAUUAUUAUAUUUAACUUAUAAUAAUGCAAUGUUAGGUAGUUUACACACCGUUUCUGUACGAAAGCUACACUUAAUAAAAUAAUUGGCUUGUUAAUAAGAAGUUAACAUGCUUUAAAAUGUAAAAGCUUUACAAGAGAAAUUUAAGGUUCGAAAAUUAUAAUAAUUGUAUAAAAUAAACCUUUGCUCAUCUAUAAACUCAUUUUUUUUUUUUAAUUUAAUUUACUAACUCAAAUUAUUUAAAAAAGAAGUACAUAAAUAAUGAGUGCAUGGCAAUAAAAUUAUUUUACUCUAAUAAAUACCUUAAAUAAUAAUAAAAGGAAAUUCAUAAUGUACUCUUUUUUAAACUUAAUAAAAUCCUAAGUGAAAACUUUCACCUAAUAAAUGCUAUAAUAUAUAAUAAGUAAGUAGUGACACAAAAAUUAUUGUGUAUACCAUUAGUACGGUAUGUAUGUGAAUAUUUAUUGUAAAAAUGUAUUAAUUUUAUUGAAUAAAAAAAAAAAAAUAUAUACUUAAGCACCACUCUGUGUUAAAAUUGGACAAGUGACGCAUAACCUUGCAUUGAUAUUGGAUAUCACAAAUUAUUUAAACAACAUACACAUUGUGCAAAUGGUGUUAGACAUAUGCAGGUGAAAAUAUAUUCUUAUAUGUAAUAAAAUUAUAUAAUUAUAAAAUGGAUGUAGUUAUCGAAGACUGUAAUGAGCCUUUGACAGUUUUAGUUGUAAACGGAAAAACGAUGAAUUUAUUAAAUUUAUAUUGUAUACAUACAUAUAUAAUGAUUAAAUGGUGUGUCAUUUGUAAUAAUAUAAUAGUGUAGAAUAAACUGUCCAAAAUAGUUUAUAGGUUUCAACGUUAUUUCUUCUUGCUUCGUUAAAUUGUAACGUUUUACUGAAAAUAAAAGAAAUAAUGUAUUCGAUAGCAUUUUUUUUAACACAAUAUAAGAAUCGUUCCAGCUGCAGUAGUUAGAAAUGAUUUCUUGCAAUAACGCAUGAGUGAUAGAAUAUUUAGAGUUUCUAAUACCCAUACAUAUGACAGAUUUACUGCUUACGAAAUGGUUG